GCCCGCCGCCGCGGGGCUGCGCCCGGGGGCCCGCUGUGCACCGAGCACCCGGCCGCACCGCGCCGCGCCGCCGGGGGAGGCUCCCGAGCUCGCCCAUUUCCCUGUAUGAGGCGGUUGGCACCACUGGAGAGACCGAAUGAGAGACUCUACAGCGGUGGGUAAUUCACUGGUCCAUAAGCGCUCUCCUUUACGUCGCAGCCAUAAGAGCUCAGCAUCUCUGACCAAGCUGUCCUUACGUGAUGGACAGAAAGCCAAAAAGCCACUUUGUAAAUUUGAGGAAGGUCAGGAUGUCCUAGCUAGAUGGUCAGAUGGCUUGUUUUAUCUUGGAACUAUCAAAAAGAUAAACAAACUGAAACAGAACUGCUUCAUUAUAUUUGAAGACAGUUCCAAAUCCUGGGUUCUCUGGAAGGACAUACAAACAGGAGCCACUGAAAGUGGGGAAAUGGUCUGUACAAUAUGUCAGGAAGAGUAUUCAGAAGCACCGAAUGAAAUGGUUAUAUGUGAUAAAUGUGGGCAAGGUUAUCAUCAACUGUGUCACACACCAAAUAUUGAUUCCAGCGUGAUUGAUUCAGAUGAUAAAUGGCUCUGUCGACAGUGUGUUUUUGCAACAACAACAAAGAGGGGUGGUGCGCUUAAGAAAGGACCAAAUGCCAAAGCACUGCAAGUCAUGAAACAAACGUUACCAUAUAAUGCAACAGACCUUGAGUGGGAUGCAGGUCAUAAAACCAAUGUGCAGCAGUGUUACUGCUAUUGUGGAGGACCUGGAGACUGGUAUCUAAAGAUGUUGCAGUGCUGCAAAUGUAAGCAGUGGUUUCAUGAGGCUUGUGUGCAGUGCCUCCAAAAGCCAAUGCUUUUUGGUGACAGGUUUUAUACGUUCAUUUGCUCAGUUUGCAGUUCUGGACCAGAAUACCUCAAACGUUUACCCUUGAGAUGGGUAGAUAUAGCACAUCUAUGCCUUUACAACCUAAGUGUUAUUCAUAAGAAGAAAUAUUUUGAUUCAGAGCUUGAACUUAUGGCCUACAUUAAUGAAAACUGGGAUAGAUUGCAUCCUGGUGAGCUGGCAGAUACACCAAAAUCUGAAAGAUAUGAGCAUGUCCUGGAGGCAUUAAAUGAUUACAAGACCAUGUUUAUGUCUGGAAAAGAAAUAAAGAAAAAGAAGCAUUUGUUUGGUUUGAGAAUUCGCGUUCCUCCUGUGCCACCGAAUGCUGCUUUCAGGGCUGAGAAAGAACCAGAAGGAACUUCUCAUGAGUUCAAAAUUAAAGGCAGAAAGUCAUCGAAACCCAUUCCGGAUGUGAGGGAACUAAGUAAUGGUAUAGAGAAAAAGGGGAAAAAAAAAUCAGUAGGUCGUCCACCUGGUCCCUAUACAAGGAAAAUGAUUCACAAAACUCCAGAGUCGUCUCCUCUGGAUAAUGAACCAGUUCCGGUGAUAGAGAACCCAGCCUUGGAAUUACCCUGCACUGUUGGGAAAUCUGAUGGAACUGCACAUUCAUCCAAUACCUCAGAUGUGGAAUCCACAGGUGCUGCCAGUAUGAAAGAAACUACCUCAUCUAGCAUUUCCAGACAUUAUAGUUUAUCUGACUCGAGAAAAAGGACUCGUACAGGAAGAACUUGGCCUGCUGCAAUACCGCAUUUGAGGAGGAGAGGUCGCUUUCCACGAAAAGCACUCCAGACUCAAAAUUCAGAAAUUGUUAAAGAUGAUGAGAGCAAGGAAGAUUACCAGUAUGAUGAACUCAAUACAGAGAUACUUAACAAUUUAGCAGAUCAGGAGUUACAGCUCAAUCAUCUAAAGAACUCCAUUACUAGUUAUUUUGGUGCAGCAGGUAGAAUAGCUUGUGGGGAAAAAUACCGUGUCUUGGCUCGUCGGGUGACACUUGAUGGAAAGGUGCAGUAUCUUGUGGAGUGGGAAGGAGCAACUGCAUCCUGACUGUAGGACUGAACAUUAUGUUCACUGCACUGUCAUCUGUAAGUACAGUUCAUAAUGCAGAGCCACGAGAGAAAUGGUCUUUAAAUGUGUUUCUAAAAAAAAAAAAACAAAAACAAAACCUUUUUAGCCUUAACAUGUAAUUGUUAUCAUUACAGCUCUUGUGAUAAAGACUUAUCUUUUUAAAAUCUGAUCUGAGACUUAAAUUUUUUAAUCUGAACAUUGUUAGAUUGUUUUAGGUUGGGAUAUUUUGGGUUACAAUUGCUUAAAAAUGUGCAUGGUGUUUAAAAAAAAAUGACAUUUUCUAGAGAACAUUCCAUGGAUACAGUUAUUGUGAUUUAGAGAAAAUAUUAUGUAGAUAGCACAAAUAUUUGAAAAAUCUUGGUUUGUUUUCUUACCCAAAUGUUUGCAGAAAUGUAUUUCUAUUUCAAUACUUUCUAGAUUUCAUAAGUGCAGUGUAUAUAAUGCCUACUGAAGACUGUAAAAUACUGAAGUUUUCUUUCAAACAAAGUGUAAAAAAAAAAAAAAAAAAAAAGAAAAAAUAUAUUGAGCCUGUAAAUUGCUCUGUGACCAGACUUCAUUGUCUUCUUAAUAUAUUCUGUGUGUGUGCGUGCGUGUGCGUGUGUGUGUAUAUACAUAUGUAUAUAUGCACACACCUCCCUGUGCGUGUAUAUAUAUGUGUGACUGUGACUAUGCAAUACAAAUUAUGGGAUUGGGCAGCUUCUGAGAAUUCAUCCCAUAAUUCUUUUUUCAGGAAUAGUUGCCAGUAUUUACACAGCAGCAUUUCUUCUCAGGCUUAUUGGGUGCUGUUGCUUUUUAUGUACUAAGGAAGAGUGUCCAACCAGUGCAGUGUGUUCUGGCAAUGGGUGCAGUCAUUGACAUUCAUGUGCUCUAUAUUCCAUUAUUUUCCAUUUGUCAAAAAGUAAGGCAGGAUCUGAACAUUUUGAAAUGAACUCUACUGGAAAUAACAAUGUGCAAGUUCUUGUAGCACUCUGAUUGUAAAUUUUGUGUCCCCAUUAUAAAGUAAGUUGACAGCAGUCACAUGCAGGAUUUCUGCAUACCUGUAGAAACAGUCAUAUUUUGAUAAAUGUAGAAUGAACUAAGUGUAUUAUUGCACAGGGUCAACAAAUGUUGCCAUUUGAAGUAACAUUACUGAUUUAUUACAACAUUACCUCUUUUGUGUUUAUAAAAUGUACCAAGUUUUAAAAUCGAGGAGUUUAUUUUACUUGUUUAAAAAAAAGUCAAAAAAGUCUCUUGCCAGUAUUAGGUGUUUUUUCUUUGUCUGCUACUUUUGAGGGGGUUUUAGCCAAAAAGUAAACAGAAGAAUAUUUUUACUUUGGUGGUUAUUCACUGUACUGUAUAAGGUUAGAUUUCUUACAUGCUUACAGUUUACCACCAAAAUAAAAUUAUGUAACAUUAACAAAUGACAGAGUGGUUUAAAGUGUACUACCUGGGUUAGUACCUAUUUAUUCCAUUACUUGGUUAUUUGACUUUUUCUGCUCAUCUUGAACAUCUUAAAAAGGUGAUUAUUUUUCUGGAUUUUUUUUUCUGUCACCUUAUAGCCAAAGGAAGCAGAGAAAGCUUUUUUUUUCCUGUGCUUGGAUUAUGGCUGACUGGGUUAUAUUAGCUUUAUAAAAAUGCUAAUUAAAAACUGCCACUUCUGUUUACCUUCACUAAAAUGUGUGGGGGUUUUUUCUCAGACCCUCAGCUAUUAAUUUAAUGUUGCCUUGCCUAUAGCUGCAAUAUUUUGAUAACACAGCAACUUCAUGUUAAUUUUUGAAUGUUUAUAUCUUGAGAUAAUGCAAAAUGUUAAGCCUUUGUAACCUUACUCACACCAUCUGUAUUUGUCUUUAUUGUUUCACUUUAUCCAAGUCCUUUAAUUCUAACUGAACACCAGCAGUAUUUUUCAUAAAGCUUCGUUUAAAGAUAAAUAUUGGAAUGUACUUGGGGAUUUCAGUGGGGAUUGGGCGGGGGGGAGAAAAUAUUUGUCAAACUUAAGCUGUCCAUAAACGUAACUAUUGUGAAUGUCAUUUCAUUUUAUUAUGGUGGUUGAUUUAACUCUGAUGUUCAGUUUGUAUUUUUGGAAUUGAUUUUUUUCUUAGAAUUAAAAGACCAACAUUAAAUGUGUGUAUUUUUUGAGAGAGAAGAAUGAGUUUUGAUUCUGUAUUCUUGUGAAGCACAUACUUGGUGGCAUCCUCCCAUCCAUUAUAUCCCUAUCUCUAGCUUUCCUGUUCCUGUCCUGGAGACACUUGCCCUGCACAUAGACACUAACUUGAGUUCCAGCUCUGUUUGAGGGAUGCUUUGUUACCUACAAGGUGUCAUAUACUGGAAAAUGCUGCAAUAGUGCUGCUGAAGAUAGGGUUAGAGGAGUAGUUAAAGCACACCUACAAAUGCCUUUUUCAUUUUAUGUGAAUUUCAUUGUAUGUGGUAGUGAUGUGUCUAAAGGAAAAGACAAAUGUUGCUGUAUGUAAUGAUUUCAUUUUGGUAUAACUCGCUCACUGUAUGUAUGCAUGUGUGUAAAUAUAUGUAAUUCAGCUUUGUUGUGGUCACUGAUUUAGAAUCAUUUCUAUGUGUAUGAGAUCUAAUAUUUUUCCAUUAUAUAUUAUUUGUAUUACAGUAGUAUUUAGGUAGAAGAAGUCUCUUGUGACUGUUCUAAAAAUAUAGGUAUUGCAUGAACAAGACAGCAAGGAAAUAAUGGCCCAAUACUGGCCAGAAUUGUAAAAUAAGCGUCGUAGCAAACUAUUUGUCAAAUCAUUGUUCUCACAAAACUUCAACAGAAAAUUUAAAUAAAACUAUGCUUUUUUAUGCAUAA